CCCGCCCCGCCCCGACCUGCCCGAGACGAGGCGGGGGGGGAAGGCGGUGGUGGCCGUUAAGGCGCGCGCGCGCGCUCGCGCCGAGCUCGAGCCGGCGGCAGCUCCCCUCCCCUCAGUCCCGUUCGGCAGCCGCGGCGGCAGCAGCAGCAGCCGCCUGGGUAGCGGAGCCGCCGCCUCCUCCUCCUCCUCUUCUUCUUCUUCUUCUUCCUCCUCCUCUUCGUUCUCCCUCCUCACCCCCACGGGGCACGAUGCAGUUUAUGUUGCUUUUUAGUCGCCAGGGGAAACUGAGACUCCAGAAGUGGUAUGUCCCAUUAUCUGACAAAGAAAAGAAGAAAAUCACAAGGGAACUUGUUCAAACAGUAUUAGCCCGCAAACCGAAAAUGUGCAGCUUCCUGGAAUGGAGAGACCUGAAGAUUGUCUACAAAAGGUAUGCAAGCCUCUAUUUCUGCUGUGCUAUUGAAGAUCAGGACAAUGAACUAAUAACUCUGGAAAUCAUUCAUCGCUAUGUAGAACUUCUUGACAAGUAUUUUGGCAGUGUAUGUGAACUUGAUAUCAUCUUCAAUUUUGAAAAAGCCUAUUUCAUUCUGGAUGAGUUCCUUUUAGGAGGGGAAGUUCAGGAGACUUCCAAGAAAAAUGUUCUCAAAGCCAUUGAACAGGCAGAUCUUUUACAGGAGGAUGCUAAAGAAGCAGAGACCCCACGUAGUGUACUUGAAGAAAUUGGAUUGACAUAAAUCUUCACUUCAGCUGCUGACAUCUCAGUGUUUCAUACUGUAAAUGUUCACUGCCUUCAUUGUAAUGUUUAGCUAAUGGUGUAAGAUGCUGUUUGUCAGUAUUACUGUUUUGCUAAGCUGCUUCAUUCAGGCCUACGAGAAAAAUACUCCUUUGAAAAGGGAAUGAGAAACUAAAGUCCAAAAGUCAUAAAUGAAAGGGAAUUAGAUUUAAAUUGACUCAGUGUCUCCCUUCACUGCAUUUAUAGGAAAAUUGCAUUUGACUUCAGUAAGUGUACUGUUUUUUAUAAGCAAACUUGACUUCAGGAAAUAAAUGUAUCAUUAUGACAUAGCAUAUCUAAAUGAAAAAACACAACACAGACAACUCCAAAUAUGAAAUGUCAUGGUGUAGAAAUUGUGUUUAUGCAACCAAAGACUUUUGCUCAUCUACAUUUUAGUCACCGCUUGUGAUAAUUCUGCUUAUUUCAGUUGAUGCAUAAAGAUUGGAAGUACCUGUUUACUACUGAAUUUGUCAUUAUACCAAAGAAUCCUGUUCGGAUCUGCAUAUCAAACUGGUAAAAACUGUUACGGUGAUGCAGUUUUCUUGCAAAAAGCAGUUAAACUGAUCAACUCACUAGAACUUAAGGUGUAUUUAUGUGUAGCUACCUUGAGCAAAACUGUGCAAGUUACUAUACUAAAAAGGGAAUGCAUGUAGUUAAUAAAAAUAAUUCCAAAUAAGGAAACUUUUUAGAUCUGAUACUCGCUUGCUCUGACCAUAACCACAAGAAAGGAGGUAGGCUUUCUGACUGUGUAGAGAGGUGCGUAAUGAGAAUUGGAUACGUUUGAAGAUGGAAAAGAAGGAGCCUUCCAAAAGGGACUUUUUUAAAAAUUUUCUUCCAAACUCUACAGAUUAAUUUGUAUUUAUUGGUGUUUUAUAGUUAUGCUUUAAUGGGUGUAUAGGUACCUUGAAAAAAAAACCCAAACCACACAAAUUGUCAAUGUCAUUUUAACUGCUUUUCUUGACUUACACCCUUAAGGUGUGACCCAUCCCUUAUGAACCUCCUGCACUGUGUGCGUUUGAACCAACUACUUUGCAGUGAGAGCUUCUAAAUAUUAGAUUGGUGCAGUAGAUGCACUGCAGGCCACAGAAAGCGAUACCAAGUAGUAUUUUGACACUUCUAGCAGACUUUCAGUAAUUAUAAACUAAACCCCUUUCACUUCAGAAAAUUGCUGUAGGCUUUUGAGUUGGGAGGAGGCAGUGCCCCACGCCGCAGUAGCCGAGUUGUGCUGGGGGUCUGUGCAACCCCCCCAGCAGGCGCUGGGCUCUUCCCCCCCCUUCACUGCAAGAGUCUGGGUUGGGGCUCGGUCACUUGCGUAGCACCACCUUGUCACCACCCCUUGUUCCAAACCGUUGUUUCGGGGGUGCUGCCGGAGGUGCCCAGCUGCUGUAAACGUUUACACAGCCAGCUGCAGAGCUGGACCGGGGCUUGCUGCCAUCUGGGUUAAAUUUAAGCAGCCGGGAGAGGCUCAGCCUUGCCCCUUGUAAGUCCCCGGCCCCAGAUCCUGGUGUGACCACCUGGGGCAGUGCUGGGGCAGCCUGCGAACGCACCGGGGUAGAAUUUGUCUAUUUAGGCCCUGUCUGGGAUUUAAACAGAGCGGAUGGCUGGAGCCAGUCUUCAUCCUAGGGCACGCAAAACCGGGGCUUUGCGCCUCCUCAGUGUGCAAGGUGUAGGGAUAGAGGCGGAUAAAGUGGCAGCAGAAUGACCGUGCGUGUGAGAUUGAAGGGGUAAAAUUACCUUAAGUCAAACACGAAGCAAUUUUAUAUGUAUUAAACAUGUUUUUGAGGUUUACACUGUCACUUGUAUGUGCUUGGCUGGAUUAAGCUUUGUUGUGAUUGUGACAAAUAAACUGUUUGACCUCCGUCUGUCACAUUGGUUGAGUUGUAAUAAAUGUCCAUUUUUACACCA